AUGUAUGACAUUGUGUUCUGGGAGAUGGGCCUUCAACUCCCCUUCUCGGAUUUCCAGAUGGUCAUUUUUUGGCACCUUCGAUUGGCUCCUUCUGAGUUGCAUUCGAAUGGGGUCACUUUUAUGCGAGGGUUCGAGAUUGUUUACAAUUGUUUGAAGAUAGGGGCGAUAAUUCCUUUGUUCUUCUACUGUUUUCAUCUUCAGAAGCGCAAGGUUGACGGUAAGUGGAGAUGGGUCGCCUUGAAGCAGGGCAACAUGAAGCUGUUUAAAGCUUACCUGGAAUUUGUUUGGCACUUCAAGGACAAGUAUAUUCUUGUGCAGCCUUUUUCAAGCAGGGCGAUGCUAAGCGUUUUCCGAGCUACUCCAGAAUAUGAUGAGAAUGGGGCCCCUGUUUUGAACGAGCUGGGGGAGCACGUGAGUAAGUUGGUCUACAAGUUUCCCUUUCAGUGGACGAGGAAGCAUUUUGAUAAUAAGUUGGGUUCCUACAUCUGGAAGGAGGGAGAGCUUGGCGACGAGGACCAGCGAGCUUCGCUGUUUUGA